AUCAACGUAAUGACCACUCUUUCCCCUAACUUCUGGAACUACCAAUACAAGGAGGGCAAAGAUGAAUGGACUAGUACCACAGUGGAUGGAACAAUCUUAAAAAACUUUGAACAUCUUCACGAGGCCUCAAAGCUCAACAUACUGCUCCCCAUGUGUGGGAAAACAGGAUUGUUGCUCUCUCUUGCUGAUAAAGGACACAAAGUGGUUGGUAUUGAAUGGGCAGAGUUGGCUAUAGUGCAGUUCUUCGAGGAACAUGGCCUGGCGUAUGUCAAGAAAGAGGACAAAGAUGUCACUGUGUACAGUGCUAAAAAUAAGGAUAUCACUCUGUAUUGUUGUGACAUUCUUCUGUUUAAUCGUCUGGCUGGAAGUUUUGAUCUGGUUAUUGACCACGGCAGUAUUGGUUGCGUGGAAUGCAAACAAGAAAAACGAAGUUCUUACGCCAAGAUCAUCACCUCAUUUUUGAAACCAGGUGGCCGAAUCAUCUUCUCGUUCUUUGACUACAUUCACUCAGAGCACCCAAGCAUACCGUAUGCCGUCACUGAAGACGAGGUUCGUUUAAUGUACAGCGAAGACUCUUUCAAGCCCCUGACAUUGUUGCAAGAGAUUGACGUAAAGGAAGCAAUGGAAUUAUUUAGUGUGAAAGAAGAAGACGAUGUACACUUUCCACUCUGGGAACUGAGCCGUUACUCGUGGAAGAUUGUACUCCUAACAAAAAAGUGACUCGAACUAUAUAAUUAUCAGUUUUUUUAUACAUGUAUUUUUGUACCAUAAUAAUUAUAGUUGCAUGCAUGUAUGUGGGAUAUACAAAAGAUAAAUUAAAAACUGAUUGGGUCAUGUCAUAAAUACCGAUAUCGAUGCAGGAGUUUUUUAUCUGAUAGACUAAUACGGAAAAUGAAUUAGCAGUGUUGAUACCUCGGUGACGUGGCCUCGCCAAAGCUUACAACAAUUAUGGAGAGCUCGACCAUGCAUGGAUCAUGGGUUCUUCUUGCUCUUGCAACCAUGCAGACAAUAAAACAUUUUUUACUUGGUAUAUUCUCACAGUAUUAAAGGAAACUGCAAACUCUACUACUAAAAGAGUAGACUAAUGGUGUAAAAAUAUUUAUAGGAGUCAAAUCCCAGUUUAAUAUAUUUGGCACCAUUGGUGAUCAUUGGUCAAUUAAAAUUCCAGAUUGCAUAUACC